CGGGAGCAUUUGAACGCAUCACAAGUGCAUUUCCUCACACCUUCUGUGACAAUUCCAUGGACGAAAAUGUUGAAAACUUAAAACAUCGCCCUGUCAUCCGCAAGCAACUGCAGAUGACUUUUCAAGGUCUUCAUACCCACAUGCUUCCACCUAUUUUUACGAGGCCCCCUAAUGUACUGCAUGGAGGUGUCCUCAUCUUGCUAUAGGCAGUCCAACUGAAAGUGAGUCUGCACUAAAAGUCAAACAUGUUUAAUUUAAUGAAGAAAGACAAGGAGAAGGAAAAGGAAAAGGAUGUGGGAAAGAAGGAGAAGAAGGACAAAAAAGACAAGAAAGAGCGUAUGUCCCAGGCAGAGUUAAAGAGCCUGGAAGAGAUGAGCAUACGUCGAGGCUUCUUCAACCUCAACCGAGGAAGUUCCAAGAGGGACUCUAGGAAGUUGGAGAUAUCUAGUCCUAUCCCUAUAAAAGUAGCCAGUACUGUGGAAUUCAGCCUGACAGACGUGGAGCGAUUUGGAACCUAUGGAAACCUGGGGCAGGAUACAGGACAAAUAUGUACAAGUUGGUCUGGUGAUGAUGUGAAGGUAAAUGAUCAGGAACAUCAUCGCCGUUCUGUUAAAGAGAGAGCAGCCAGAUUUGGGGAAUUGGCUUCUGGAGGCCCAAAGCAUGUCUCCUUUUCCCAGAGAAGCCACAAUUCAGUGGAGAUGACAAAUCCUUCUGGGCACAACUUGAUGCUCUCACAAGGUUCGAGCAAUCUAGACAUGUUCUUGGGCGACAUUCCUGAGAUGGUGGAAAAGAGUUUCCCUGGUGUAGACCUACAGCUACCUGAUCUUGUUCCACCACCAGUACCAGACUCAAGGGAACUGGAGCUGCAGCGGCGAAACACUGGAGAUUUCGGCUUCUCUUUACGGAGGACCACUAUGCUGGACAGGCAGCCCGAUGGAGGGGUGUGUCGGCGUGUGGUGCACUUUGCAGAACCGGGUGCUGGGGCCAAGGACCGGGCUCUUGGUUUGGUGCCUGGUGAUAGGUUGGUGGAAAUCAAUGGGAUCAAUGUGGAGAACAAGACCAGGGAUGAGAUUGUGGAGAUGAUCCGUCAGUCUGGAGACACUGUCCGGCUAAAGGUGCAGCCGAUCUUGGAGCUGAGUGAGCUGAACAGGACGUGGUUGAGGUCCACUCAAGGUCUGCACAAAGACGUCUGUGAUUCCAAGGUAGUAGAAGAUCCUGUGGCCAUCCUUCAGGCAUCGCACUCUGCAUCUAAGGGGAAAACUGAGGAGCAGAUAACAGCAGAGAAGGCCUGGUACAACACAGAAAAAGUAUGGCUUGUCCACAAGGAUGGAUUUUCUUUGGCAACUCUCCUGAAGACAGAAGCAGGCAGUCUGCCAGACGGGAAGGUGAAAAUCCGCCUGGAGAGUGAUGGAUCUUUAUUGGACGUGGAUGAAGAUGAUGUCGAGAAGGCAAACCCUCCAUUGUCUGACCGAGUGGAGGACCUGGCCUCCUUGCAGUAUCUCAAUGAGUCAAGUGUGAUGCAUUCCCUGCGACAGCGGUAUGGUAGUAACCUGGUGCACACCCACGCAGGGCCCAGCAUGGUGGUCAUUAACCCCAUUAGUGCCCCUUCAAUGUACUCUGAGAAGGUGAUGCAGAUGUUUAAGGGCUGUAGGAGAGAGGACACUGCCCCUCACAUUUACAACAUGGCCCAGUCCGCCUACAGGAACCUCCUGACGACGCGCCAGGAUCAGUCCAUUGUCUUGUUGGGAAAGAGUGGCAGCGGCAAGACUACCAACUGUCAACACAUCAUCCAAUACCUGAUCACUAUCGCUGGCUGCACCAACAAAAGCUUCUCAACUGAGAAAUGGCAGGCGGUCUACAGCGUUUUGGAGGCGUUUGGAAAUGCUUCUACCUGUAUGAAUGGAAAUGCAAGUCGCUUCUCCCAUAUUGUGUCUUUGGAUUUUGACCAGGCUGGCAUGGUGACCUCAGCCUCUAUCCAGACCAUGCUUUUGGAGAAGAUACGAGUCUCGAGGCGACCAGAGGGAGAAUCAGCCUUUAAUGUCUUCUACUACAUGAUGGCUGGAGUGGAAAGUUCUCUUAGAACUGAGCUGCACCUCAACCACUUUGCUGAAAGCAGCGCAUUUGGAAUAAUGCCUCAGACCAAGGCUGAGGACAAGCAACGAGCCUCUCAGCAGUUUUCUAAACUACAAGCUGCUAUGAAGGUUCUGGGGAUCACUGCUGAUGAACAGAAGGCCUUCUGGCUCGUCCUCAGUGCCAUCUACCAUCUUGGAGCUGCUGGAGCUACCAAGGCUGGCAGGAAACAAUUUGCACGUCAUGAGUGGGCCCAGAAGGCUGCCUACCUGCUGGGCUGCACCCUGGAGGAGCUCUCCUCUUCCAUCUUCAAGCACCAGGCCAAGGGCACCCUGCCCAGAGCCAGCGCCAUCCGCCAGACUGCUGACGAAAAUGGCACGGCAGAUGCAGGUUCAAAGGUUACAGCCAUGGAGUGUUUAGAGGCCAUGGCAUCAGGACUUUACUCUGAACUCUUCACCAUCCUCAUUUCAAUGAUAAACCGAGCCUUAAAAUCCAGCCAACACUCCCUGUGCUCUCUGCUCGUUGUGGACACACCAGGCUUCCAAAACCCCAGGCUGGCGAAGCGUGAAUGCGGUGCCACAUUUGAGGACCUAUGUCACAACUACACUCAAGAACGUCUGCAGACCCUGUUCUAUCAGCGUACCUUUGUGCAAGAGUUAGAGCGAUACAAGGAGGAGAACAUUGAGCUUGUUUUAGACGACACAGAGCCCAGCACCUCUUUGUCUGUAGCAGUGGUAGAUCAAGCUUCAAGCCAAGCACUGGUACGUCCCGUGAGAACUGAUGAGGCUCGAGGUCUGCUGUGGUUGAUGGAGGAGGAGGCGGUGCAGCCCGGGGGAUCUGUAGAAACACUACUGGGACGUCUCUUUAGCUACUAUGGACCUGCUGAGGGCGAGAGUAAAGGUCACACUUUCCUCCUGAAGAGUGAAAAGGAUAAUCAUUUCCUGCUGGGACACAGUCAUGGCACUGACUGGGUGGAGUAUGAUGCCCGCGGGUGGCUGAACUAUGCCAAGCAGAAUCCAGCCUCCACCAAUGCAGCCAGCCUCUUGCAGGACUCACAAAAGAAGGUCAUCAGCUCAUUGUUCAUGAGCCGUGCAGGUGGAGCCACAGUUCUGUCCGGGUCCAUCGCCGGCCUUGAGGGUGUGUCCCAGCUGUCUCUGAGAAGGGCCACUAGCAUGAGGAAGACUUUCACCACAGGGGUGGCUGCUAUCAAGAAAAAAUCACUUUGCAUCCAGAUAAAACUUCAAGUGGAUGCUCUCCUCGACAUGGUGCGGAGGUCCAGGAUUCACUUUGUUCACUGCAUAUUGCCCAAGGCUGAUGCCCUGAAGGCUCUAAGUGGAUCCUUGUUCAAAGGAGGGGAAUGUGAGACUCAGGGGGAGAAUAGUGAUACCAGCUUAAUGCAGCUAGAUGUAGCCUUGCUCCGUGCUCAGCUCCGUGGCUCCAAGCUACUGGAUGCACUCCGAAUCUAUAGGCAAGGUUACCCCGAUCACAUGGUAUUUUCUGAGUUUCGACGGCGCUUUGAUGUGCUGGCGCCGCAUCUCACCAAAAAGCUGGGGAGGAAUUACAUUGUGAAGGAUGAAAAGAGAGCUGUGGAGGAGCUACUGGAGUCUUUGGAUUUGGAGAAGAGCAGCUACCACAUGGGUCUGAGUAGGUUGUUCUUCAGAGCUGGCACCUUGGCUAAGCUGGAGGAACAGAGAGGUGAGCAGACCAAGCGUAAUUUAAUCCUGUUCCAAGCUGCCUCUAGAGGAUACCUGGCACGCCAAGCCUUCAAAAAGAGAAAGAUACAGGAUCUGGCAAUCCGUUGCAUUCAGAAAAACAUCACAAAGAAUCGUGGAGUGAAGGACUGGCCAUGGUGGAAGCUUUUCACCACCGUUCAGCCUCUCAUUAAGGUCCAGCUCACUGAGGAGCAGAUGAAAACCAAAGAUGAGGAGAUACAGCAGCAGAAACUGAAGCUUGAGAAGGUGGAAAAGGAGCGAAAUGAGCUGAGACUGAACACGGAUCGAUUGGAGAGCAGGAUUGCAGACCUUUUGGCAGAACUUGCUGAUGAGAGAAGCACCAGUGAGUCGGCGUCCCAAAUGCUGGAGACGGAGACUUCAGAGAGAUUGCGCUUGGAAAAGGACAUGAAGGAUCUACAGACUAAGUAUGAGGUCAUGAAGAAACAAUUAGAAUCACAGGAGAUGGAGGUGAUGGAAGCUCGACUCAUGAAAACAUCAGAUCUCAACGGGGAGAUCGAUGAUGAUGAUGCUGCUGGAGGUGAGUGGCGGAUAAAAUACAACCGAGCCAUUCGUGAAAUGGAGUUCACCAAAAAGAAACUCCAGCAGGAGUUUGAUGACAAGCUGGAGACAGAACAGCAGAGCAAAAGACAACUUGAGAGAAGGUUGACAGAGAUGCAGACAGACACUGAGGAUAUGCAGCGCUCUAUGCAGCAGAUAAAGAAGAAGUGCCAGAAAAUGACGGCAGAGCUUCAGGACACUAAACUUCACUUGGAGGGCCUCCAUAGCCGCAACCAUGAUCUGGAGAAGAAACAGAGGAAAUUUGACGUGGAGCAGAACCAGACUCAGGCUGAAGUGCAAAGAGAGAGGGGCCUGAGAGAGAAAUUGGCCCGAGAAAAAGAUAUAAUGACUGGUGAGAUGUUUAACCUCCGCCAGCAGCUGCAGGACAAGGACAUGGAGUUGUGUGCAGCAAAUGCGAAGGUGCAGCAGCUGGAGGCAGAGCUACAAGAUAUCUCCUCCCAGGAGUCCAAGGAUGAAGCCUCACUGGCCAAGGUCAAGAAACAACUCCGUGAAUUGGAAGCCAAGGUGAAAGACCAGGAGGAGGAGCUGGAUGAACAGGCUGGAAGCAUUCAGAUGCUGGAGCAGGCAAAGCUGCGUCUUGAGAUGGAGAUGGAGAGGCAGCGGCAGACCCACUCGAAAGAAAUUGAGAGCAAGGAUGAAGAAGUAGAUGAGAUCAGACGUUCCUGCGGCAAGAAACUGAAACAGAUGGAAGUGCAGCUGGAGGAGGAGUAUGAAGACAAGCAGAAAGUGUUGCGUGAGAGACGAGAGCUGGAGUCCAAACUGCUCACCGCCCAAGACCAGGUUUGCCAGAGGGAUGUGGAGACUGAGAAGAGGCUGAAGAAGGACCUGAAGAGAACUAAAGUCCUGCUGGCUGAUGCACAGAUAAUGCUAGACCACUUAAAGAGUAAUGCUCCCAGCAAGAGAGAGAUCGCCCAGCUCAAAAAUCAAUUGGAGGAGUCAGAGUUCACUUGUGCAGCAGCAGUAAAGGUUCGAAAGAGCAUGGAGAUUGAAAUUGAAGACUUGCACAUCCAAAUGGAAGACAUAGCAAAAACCAAGAUAUCGUUGGAGGAGCAGGUUAGUCGCUUGCAGAGAGAAAAGAAUGACCUGCAGUCUCGUAUGGAGGAGGAUCAGGAGGACAUGAAUGAGCUGAUGAAGAAGCACAAGGCUGCAGUCGCCCAGUCUGCCAGAGACUUGAGCCAGAUCAGUGACCUGCAGGCCCAGCUGGAAGAGGCCACAAAGGAGAAGCAGGAGAUCCAAGAAAAGAUUCAUUCACUGCAGAGUCAGCUAGAGUUUCAGGAGCAAUCCAUGGUGGAAAAGUCUCUUGUGAGCCGUCAGGAGGCCAAGAUCCGUGAACUGGAGACCAAGCUGGAGUAUGAGAAGACACAGAUCAAACGCCUGGAGAGUCUGGUGGGUCGUCUGAAGGAGAACCUUGAAAAGAUGACAGAGGAGAGGAACCAGCGUAUUGGUGCAGAGAACAGAGAGAAAGAGCAGAACAAACGGAUACAGAGGCAGAUUAGAGAUAUGAAAGAAGAGAUGGCAGAGCUGUCCAAGAAGGAGGCUGAGGCGAGCCGCAAGAAACACGAGCUGGAAAUGGACAUAGAGAGCUUAGAGGCUGCAAAUCAGAGCCUGCAAGUGGACCUCAAGUUGGCCUUCAAGAGGAUAGGUGAUCUACAGGCUGCCAUCGAGGACGAGAUGGAGAGUGAUGACAAUGAUGACCUAGUAAACAGUUUGCAAGACAUGGUGACAAAAUAUCAGAAAAGAAAGAACAAAACUGGGGAUGAGACAGAAACAGAUUCUGAGGUGGAGGACCGGGUGGAUGGUGUUAAGUCUUGGCUGUCGAAGAACAAAGGCUCCACCAAGGCCCUGUCAGAGGAGGGAAGUCUGAAGAGCACCAGUCCUCCGGUGUGUCAGAUGAACCGGAGUCUUGGCAGAUCUGAUGAAGAGGAUGAGGUGGAAAAAGACUCCAGUAAGCAGUCCCUGAGGCAGAGCGAUGGAGAACAUGUCGUAACCCAGACUCCAGUCACCUCAUGCUCUGUGGACACAAAACACAAAGGAGCGACAUAAUUCUCUUCUCCAAACUUUAACACUGUUUCUCAGCAAUAGAGAGAAGCCGGCUGCAUCCAGAGGCAAGGACAGGGAGGAAGCAAAGUCAACACUGGAGAUUUAGUUUGGACAUUUUUGUGUUCGCUUUACUUUUUACUGCUGUGAUGUGACUCUCAUGGCUGAUAUGCAUUCUUUUCUUGCUUUUUUUAAACACUAAAUAUUGAAACUAAGUGUAUACAAAAGUAAAUGAAUUCAAGACAUCCAAGUUAAGCACUAUCAGAAGAACUUUCUGUCGCUACUUUAUUUAAAAAGCUGCUUUUCAGGCAACUUUAAGCUCUCUUCUGAACUGUAGUCUGACUAUUCAGAUAGCUCUGCCAAGAGGAUUUAGAUAAGCCUGCUUUGGCUGUACUUCUCCAAGAAGGUCUGACCAACUAUUAAGACUGCUCUUAUCUCUGUCCUGUUAAUGUGGACUAAAGCAGUGGGAGGAAUUAACCCAUCUUCAAUUAAUUACCUUGCUUUAAAUGUACAUAUACAUGUGUUCCUGGUUGAGAUUCUAGACUGUAUAUAUGGAGAGAUAGUCAACAUUUUUUCAGACAAAUUGGCAGAUUGUGUUAAUUGCUGAUAAUAAGAGAAAAAUUAUUUUUGAAAAUUGAUUUCUGUCAUAAGAACCAAGAUGGUAGAUAAUAAAGACGAGCUGUGAGAAGGAUUAAGGCAAGAUCUGAAAAAAAACAACCCCAAAACAAAUCAAAACAUGUAUAUAUAGUACACAUAUAUCUGACA